AGUGCUGGGAUUACAGGCGUGAGCCACCGCGCCCGGCCAGGAGUCUGUUUCUGUGUUGCUAGGCUGCCCUUCCUGGUCCCGCUAGGGAGGGCUGGCUUUGGUUGGCAGUUCCAGCUUCUGCAGGGCUAGGUCUAGGGCAGGCAGAAAAGAAAGCCCGGGGGCUCCCCCUGCACUGUCCUGCAGCCGCCCUCUGUCACCCGUGAGUCUCACCUGUGACGUCCAGGGUCUUAGUCGUCCUCAGUGGGAGGAAGAGGAAGUCCCCCGGCCCACCUUCCUGAAGGCAGAGGUUCGCCCGGCCUGUCAGGGCAGCCGCAUCCGCCUGCAAGGAGGGCCGCUCGGUGCCGUGUGUGAAAGAGCCUGGCGAACUGCAGAGCGUGGUUCUCUGCCAGGUGUCCGCAUUUAUCACCCCUGGAGCUGUCCGCCAUCCCCAGAGACCUCCCGUUGCACAAAACCGAGCAGAUUGUGUGCUCAGCAAAGACGCCGUGCAGUAAGACUUCAGCUGAAGCGCUGCGCAGUGCUCCCGGGGCAAACAUUUCCUUCCGGGCUUUCCGGAGGGUUGACUUCACUUGCUGUCCCAUGGCCAUGCUGGGCAGAAAGGGUUUAUCCCGGAUGUUCCUGGGGAAUAGGAGCAGUGAGAUUUGAGGAGUUCUCAGAGCUGGGCUCCUUUUGUUUGGGAAGAUGGAGGGGAGGCAGGCCGCGGUCGGAGCGAUCCGCACCUGGGCACUCACAGAUGGUGGAGUAGAAGCAAUGAAGGAGCUGGGAGUGGGGAGGGAGGUUGGCUGGCCUCCAGCUCUGCUCUGGGAGCCUGAGCUCAGUGGGGUGGGAGCAGUUAUUGCAGGCCGGGGUCUAGCAGGAGGGGCACACAGGUUGUGCGGUGAGAGACAGGACAGAGGUGGAUGGGGGCCGUGGGUGGGGGGUGGGGGCACCUGUGGGGAACGCUGGGUGAGGGUGGGCCGGGAAGCCCACCGGCCUGGCCCUGGCUGUUCAUUACAGGGGGCAAGCGCGAUGAAGAGCUGGUUCUGCCCAUCAACUCCUCCCUGAGCGUCACUCUGCACCAGGACCAGUUAAAAACCACCACAACAGCCGUCAUCAGCAAGGACUUCACUGAGGACCGGAUUUGGCUGAAUGGCCGGGAGGAGGACAUGGGGCAGCCGCGGCUCCAGGCCUGCCUGCGGGAGAUCCGCUGCCUGGCCCGGAAGCGGAGGAACUCAUGGGAUGGGGACCCGCUGCCCUCCAGCCUCAGCUGCAAGGUGCACGUGGCAUCGGUAAACAACUUCCCCACGGCUGCGGGCCUGGCCUCCUCGGCGGCGGGCUAUGCCUGCCUAGCCUACACCCUGGCCCGUGUCUACGGCGUGGAGAGUGACCUCUCAGAAGUGGCUCGCCGGGGCUCAGGCAGCGCCUGCCGGAGCCUGUAUGGGGGCUUUGUGGAGUGGCAGAUGGGAGAGCAGGCUGAUGGGAAGGACAGCAUCGCCCGGCAAGUGGCCCCCGAGUCACACUGGCCUGAACUCCGCGUGCUUAUCCUUGUGGUGAGCGCUGAGAAGAAGCUGACAGGCAGUACUGUGGGCAUGCGGGCCAGUGUGGAGACCAGCCCCCUGCUGCGGUUCCGGGCCGAGUCCGUGGUGCCCGCGCGCAUGGCGGAGAUGGCCCGCUGCAUCCAGGAGCGAGACUUCCCCAGCUUCGCCCAGCUGACCAUGAAGGACAGCAACCAGUUCCACGCCACCUGCCUCGACACCUUCCCGCCCAUCUCUUACCUCAAUGCCAUGUCCUGGCGCAUCAUCCAUCUGGUGCACCGCUUCAACGCCCACCACGGGGACACCAAGGUGGCGUACACCUUUGAUGCGGGCCCCAAUGCCGUGAUCUUCACCCUGGACGACACUGUGGCUGAGUUUGUGGCUGCUGUGAGGCACAGCUUUCCCCCAGGCUCGAAUGAAGACACGUUUCUGAAGGGGCUGCAGGUGAGGCCGGCCCCUCUCUCAGCUGAGCUUCAGGCUGCGCUGGCCAUGGAGCCGACCCCGGGUGGGGUCAGAUACAUCAUUGCCACUCAGGUGAGGCCCGGGGCUCAGCCAGUACCCCCGGGGUUUCCUUUCCUGCCAGAGGGGCCCGCCCAGCCCCCAGGGCCCUUGCAGGCUCAGCCCACCACCCUGUCCCUACCGUGUCUCAGGCAGGAAGCCAGAACGCCUUUGUUCAUUCAUUUGCUGUCAAAGUGGACAUUACAGGCCACUGGCGAUGCUCAGAGCAGCAGGGCUGUGCUGGGGGUGGGAGGGUGAGUCUGACACAGGCUCGCAGGGAGACAGGUGGGGAGCAUCAGGCCCCUGAAUAGGGAGCGCCUGGGGUGGGGGGCCCCCCACCCCAACCGCCCCAGCAGACCGGGGUUCCUGCUUUCCGACCUGCUCUGAGGGCCAAGCCUGCAUCCAGCUAUCACGGCCGCCCGAGCCAUUGCCUCCACCUUCCUCUCAGGAGCUUCGUGCACAGGGCUGCCUGUUCCCAGGCUCUGUGGUUCUCUGUCCACCCCGUGACAGAGGCAGUGCCCUGGGCAGGGGUCUUGCAGCUGGCAGGGGCGGCUGUGUCUGCAGGAGCUGCGUGUGGGUGUCACCACUCGGGCGCUUUAGCUUCUGACCAGGACCCACUGGAAGGGCGAGUGCACACUGCUACCCUCCUGUGUCCAGCCCUACAGAUGCUGGGCACAGGAUGAGGUGCUGCCAUUCCUGGUGACCUGACAUGGA